UGGCGGUUUCCCGAUUAAUUGUAAUUGUAAUUGCACGGUGCCGUGCGACGACACUUCACGACGCCGGCCGCGUCGAUCAAAACCCGUUCGGAAAAUAAAUGUUCACUGCUUCGCACACCACCUCCAAGGUCACGCUGCGCGCGCGCGUCGCAACGCAACCACGGCGAGUUUCCCGCGCGAAUCGUCAUUCUCGAAGUAGAAACGCGGCUGUCGGCAUCGACGACAUCACCGGUCCGAUCAACGACACUAUCAAGGAGGUGCAGUCGAUCGGUGGCGCGAAGGAUGUCGUUCAGCGUUUGGGUCUCUACGGAGCUCCGCUCGUGUUCAGCGCGAGCGCGCUGCAGGCACUGCACUUCGGCGGCGCCGGUAACGCAGCCGCGAUGAAAGCUGCUGGAUUGGCUGGGCCCGCGGGACCGCUCGCGCCGCUCGCCGCCAUCAUGCUCUUCUCCGCCGCGUCUCCAUACAUCAACUUUUUGAUGGCAUCUGCUGGCGUAUUUAAGAUUGGCGAUGAGAUUCCCCGGCUUUACUGCGGUGUUCUCUACGUCGUCGCCGCGAUCGGCAUUUGGCACUUCGGUUCGGCCGGCGCCACCGAUAUCUGGACGCGCCACUGGACCGUGUGGCAUCUCGCGCUCGGGGCGCAUCUGCUGACCGCGACGAACAAGAUUCGCAACGUUCUUGGUUCUUCCAUGUGCGACGGUAUUCGUAAGGUGGCAACCGUCGGCCCGGCCAUGCUCAUGGCUGCGCUCAUCUGCCAAAACUCGACGUGGACGGCGUGGCAGGCAGCCUCGAGCGGACCAAACGGCCCUCUCGCCGUUCUACUCAUCCACCCGCUGCACAAGUACGUCUCUCUCGGUGCUUGCUUCGCCUACCUCACCGGCGCCGAAACGAAGUUUUCGAGCGUCUUCAUCGCCUUUACGUACUUCAUCGCCGCGGCGUCGUUCAUGCCACCGCUCGUCGCGCCGCUCUGCUAUAUUGGCAUCUUGAUGAACUUGCACAAUGGUAUGGCGCUCUGGAGGGAAACGACCCCGAAGGAUUCACUUAUCCCAGCGCUGUGAGCGUCACAAAUACAAGCAACACAAGACCACACAAUCUCAAGAAAAAAUUGUAAUACAACAUUCGCUACGCUUUGCGAA